CCCAAGUAAAAUAAAGACACCCAUGUCCAUCCGAAGUGGCUAUGAAUCUAUACCGAAUCCAGCAGAGACAGAACCAAUAUUGAACACUUCAAGUUCUGCAACUCAAGAAGAGCAAAUUCCGUUCUUACAACGUGUGAAACAGUUUGACUAUCGCAGUUAUUACCAUAAACAUGGUUUAUCCGCUAUUCUAAUUUCUUGCAUGUUGCUCUUCAUUUUCCUGCUGCUUGGUUUAGCGACUUUCUUACCCUCCAUUCAUCAUCGGUCUUCCAAAGUCGGCCUUUUCCAGCCACCUAUCCACCCAGGCAUUUCAUCCUUUUCCUUACAAGAAGGGUUAACAAAAUGCAGAGAGUUCAAUAAGCCGAUGAUUGCUAAUAUCAAUGAUUCCAAAAGAUCAAGCAAUCCACGCGCACCCAAAGACAUCCAGCCAAUUCUCUUGAGAAAUGCUGUUGUUUGGGAUGGCCAAGGCGAGAUUUUGAAUAAUGUGGAUAUCCUGAUGACCAAUGGCGUUAUUAAUGAAGUGAAACGCAAUAUUCAGGCACCAGCUGGUACAAAAAUCAUUGAUGUCGGAGGACACAUUGUUUCCCCGGGAUUAGUGGAUAUGCAUACUCAUUUAGGUGUAGGAUCCUGGCCCUCUUUAUCAGGUACAAAUGAUAUUAAUGAAGCAUCGUCUCCGGCAACUCCCUAUGUAAGAACAAUCGAUGCAUUUAAUCCUUCCGAUAAAGCAAUUCGUAUUGUUGCAUCCGGCGGUAUCACAACCGUUCUUGUGCUUCCAGGAUCGAGUAAUUCCAUUGGUGGUGAAGCCUAUGCUUUCAAAUUAAGACCUAUGGACACGCUCAGUAAUCAAGAUAUGCUUGUUCAAACCGGUAUUGAUGAGGAAAAGGAACAAAAAUGGAGAUACAUGAAGAUGGCAUGUGGUGAAAAUCCAAAGAAUAACUAUGGUCAUCGCAAUACCAUGCCUUCUACUAGAUUGGGAGAAGCUUAUGUGUUUCGUCAAGCGUUUGCUCAAGCUCAAGCAUUAAUUCGCUCUCAGGAAGAUUGGUGCGCUACAGCAGAAAACUUGGUGCAGUUUGGUCAACACGAUAAUAAUGCCCACCUUGAUUCAGCAUUCCCUCACGAUAUUGAAUAUGAAUCCUUAACUGCUUUACUUCGUGGUCAUGUUAAAUUGAAUAUACAUUGUUACGAAACACACGAUAUUGAAGCCAUGGUACGCCAUUCGCUUGAAUUCAACUUCAACAUCAGCGCUUUCCAUCAUGCUUUAGAGGCUUACCGAAUCCCCUCCAUUUUAAAAAGGGCCAAGAACAAUAUCACAAUUGCCACUUUUGCAGAUCAUUGGGGUUAUAAAAAGGAGGCGUUUGGAGCUUCUCCUCAUGCACCAAAGCUGUUAUUCGAAGCCGGUAUUCCUGUAGCACUCAAGAGCGAUCAUCCGGUAUUAAAUUCUCAGCAUAUGGCUUUUGAAGCCGCCAAAGCCACACAUUAUGGACUGCCUGCUCAGGAAGCAUUUAAAGCUAUUACUUCUGUACCUGCCCAAGCUCUAGGUCUCGGACAUCGUGUAGGAUCUUUGAGAGUGGGAUAUGAUGCUGAUGUUGUUAUUUGGGAUCGUAGUCCUUUAGAGUUGGGCGCCGCCCCACUUCAAGUUUUUGUAGAUGGUUUACCACUUUUUGACGAAAAGGCAAUUGUGCCUGUAACAACAAACCACGAGCAAAAAAUGAGUGGAUUGGUUCAGACCGUCCAGAAAAGUAGAAAUUUGCCAAAAGAUGGAUCAAAGAACUUGAUUUUGACAAAUAUCGGCGCUAGUUUUUUGAGCGGAAAUCAAGAGGCUCUUUCCAUGAUGAUCAAGGAUGGACAUAUUGUUUGUACUGACGAUUGUGCUAAUGUGAUGAAUAAGGAGGACUAUGAUACAAUUGAUAUUCAAGGUGGAUUUGUCCUACCCGGUCUCAUUGCGGUUGGAUCAAAAUUAGGACUUGUGGAAAUACCUUCGGAAGGAUCUACAGGGGACGGUAUUGCUCCUUCAAUUUCAUCUCAUAAUCCCAAGGAAAUUAUCGAAGCUGUGGAUGGAUUAAAGUUAGGGGGUAAAAAGUUAGAAGAAGCUCACAAAGGUGGUGUCUUGACUACCAUUAGUACACCUACUUCUCGCAACAUUGUGAUCGGACUGAGCGCUGCAUUUAAGACUAGUGCACAAUCUAUCCUUGAAUACGGCUCGAUUAUUUCCCCUGCUGCAGCACUUCACUUCCAAAUCGGCAAUUCUGUGAAGUCCGCCAAUUUCCCUACUGUCUCAUCACAAAUCGCAUUUCUUCGACAAAUCUUUACUGAUAACAUUCGAGAAGAUAAUCUUUAUGGUAAAGCGGGACGCGGAGAAAUUCCUAUCAUUUUCAUGGUUAAUAAUAAGGAUGAAAUCGCUUCAUUGAUUAUCAUGAAGGAAAAACUAAUUCCAAAUGCCCGUAUGGCUAUUAUGGGUGGUGCGGAAGCUCAUUUAUUAGCGCCUCAAUUAGCAAAUGCAAAGAUUUCAGUAAUUUUGCGACCUCAUUUAUGCACACCAGAUAGUUUCGAUUCAAGUCAUUGUUUAACAGGUGCUCCUUUAACCAACGGUACUGCUGCACAUAUACUUUUCCAUCAUGGUGUUAAAAUUGGUCUGGGUGUAUCUAACGAUGGCUGGGCUCGCAACUUGGCCUGGGAUGCUGGCUGGUUGUCAGCUACAUCGCCUUCUGAAGAGUAUGCUAUUUCCGAAAUGGAAGCAAUUAAAUUUGUUACUACCAACCUUCAAGAAAUCUUUGGCUUAGAUGACCCUCAGGAUCUGCAAACUAAUGGCCAAGAUUUUGUCGUGUGGUCAGGAAGCCCAAUGGAUAUGCAAAGUAGACCUGUAUUUACUUAUACGAAGGAUAAGGGUAUCAGCUAUCUUGUAUAGUCCAAUUUUGUUUAAUAAAACCAAUCAUUUGCUUAAAUAUAUAUUCGAUAUGACAUUCACGUUUCAAAUAGGGAUUGACUACUUUUUUUUAA